AAACAUGCUAGUAGUACUCAUAACUAUUGUCGCUGCGUAUGUUGCUGGAGGUGCUGAGGCCGGGUUUUCGACAAGGGUGGUUUCCGCGCCAGCCUUGUCUCCUAACCGCACAGAUGCAGCCAAGAAAGCACAUGGGGCGUCACCAGAAAGAACCACGACGGGAGGGGCAGAGGCGGUCCCUGUUCCAACCUCACCCGAACUGGAACUUGUAGGAUGGCUGCUAGGGAUGGGAGCACAGGUGCGGGUGGAGGUUCGCCGCAGCGGUGCCGGAGUGCGCGGGCUGUACACCGCUGCUGCGGCGGCUGCGGGGGAGGUGCUGGUGCGGGUGCCGCUGUCAGCGGCUGUGGUGCUGGGCGGGGCGGACGACACGGCGCCGGAGCUAGCAGUGCAGCUGCUGCGGGAGCGCUACCGCACACGACCCAGGUUCGCACCGUACUUUGCCGUACUACCGCCGCCGCCACCAGCAGUACCGCCACCACCUCCGCCACCACCUCCGCCCCCAGCAGCAGCAGCCCCAUCACAAGAUGGUGAACCAAGGCAGCAGCAGCAGCCCACCUCCUCCUCCUCAUCCGCCUGGCAGCCCGCCUGCGUGGAGGAGUUUCCCCGGGCUGCGGUGGCGGCGCUAGCGGGGCGGGAGUUGCGCCUACUCGCGAGCAGCAAGCGGGAGUGGAUGCGGAGGGUGUGGUCCGGGGAGGCUGCCGUACGGCUGCCACUGGCACGUGCCGUACCCAGACGCCACGUCAGCCUGCAGGAGUUCGCCUGGGCCACCUGCAUGGUUACCAGCCGCUCCAUCUCGGGUCCGGGCGGCUCGCUGCUGCUCAUACCCCUCAUCGACCUCGCCAACCACUGCACGGGACGGCCGCCGCCUCCGUCGUUAACCCCGCAGCAGGACAGCACGCAAAGCGACACCAAUGCUGACGCUGGCAGUAACUCCUCAAAGGGUGGAGAUACUGCCACCGCUGACGCCGUUGCUACUGCCAGUGCUGAUCCCCCUACCGGCAGCAAAGUCUCCCCGCGUAGACCCGACCAGCUGCGGUUUGUGGUGGGCAGCGGCGGUAGUGGCGGUGGUGGAGGUGGUGGUGGCAGCAGCGGCGAUGUGAUGUUGGAGUUGGUGGCAGGACAGGACCUGGCGGCAGGCGAGGAGGUGUGCAUCAGUUACGGCGACCUGCGGCCUGACGAGGCUCUGCUCUACUACGGCUUCCUGUUACCCACAACACCGCGAACUACCACACCCACAGAAGAACACCUACCGGCACAACAACCUGCACCUGCACCCCACACGUCAGCUUCGCCAACGCCUCCAGCACAGGGAGAUGAGGUGCCCGUGCUCUUUGCGGUUGACGAGCGGGAGUACGACAGCAGCGGGAGGCCCGGCAAGGUGCCGUACAAG